GAUCGUGCAUAACCUAAAAUUUUGUGACGUGUAUAUGUAAAAAGUGCGUAAAAAGAAUUAACAAAGUGUGAAUGAAAUGAAACUUUAAAAGUAUUAUUAUUUUUAUUUAAUCAUCAGUUUCUUCAACAUUAGAAACUUAUUUCCAUUUAUAGAAAUAUAUUUUUUAUUCUAAAUAUAUAUUAUAUUAUAUAUAGGUGCUUUUUUUAAAUUGUUUUUUAAAAAUAAAAAAAAAUGGUUUGGUUUAUAAAUUACAAUAAAAAUAACAUAAAAGAUGUUAAUCUACCUUCCAAGGAAAUUUCAAGAAAAUUUUCUUUACAAAAAGACAGAAAAAAAAGUUGGAUUGUGUAUUCUUUUAUUUGUUUCCUUAUUAUUUUUAACAUUAUAUGUUUAUCAUCAUUGGUAUUUAAACAAACGUCAACAUGGUUAAUUUUUCAAUUAAAAUCAAGAUACACUGACGAUAUAAUAUUAGAGCCACGUAUAUCAUUUUUAAAUACAACUUCCGAUUAUUAUUUAUCAUUUACUAUCGAUGCUUGGCAAUUACGAGAAAUGAAUAAUUUACCAAUUUCAAAUAAAAAAUUAAUCAAUUUAGCUCGACAUUUAAGUCCCGCUUAUGUUAGAUAUGGUGGCACUUCAGCGGAUUGUCUUUUUUUUAAUGAGACUUUAAAUGAGUCUAAAAAAAUGAUAAGCCCAGUAAAUGGAGAAGAUAUUAGUAAAUUUUCAAUCUCAGAGAAAGAUUUUCAAUCUCUUUAUGAAUUUUCAAAAAAUUCAAAUUUAAAAAUGAUUUUCGACCUAAAUGCAUUAAUUCGUAAGCAAGAUGGUAGUUGGGACGAUACUAAUGCUAAGAAAAUUAUUCAAUUCGCAAGAAAAUGGAAAAUGAAUAUUGACUGGCAAUUAGGAAAUGAACCACCAAAUUUUCCACUAUUAUUUAAUGUUACAAUUCCAGCUGAGCAAUUGGCAAGAGAUUAUUGUCAUUUAAGAUCUUUAUUGAAUUCUUUGGGUUAUAAGAAAAAUAUUUUAGUUGGUCCCGAAGUAAAUCAAGUCGGUGGUCCUUCAUUUAAUGGAGAAAAUUAUACAAGAAUAUUUUUAGAAAAUUCCAAAGAGAGUACAAAUUAUGUAACGUGGCAUCAAUAUUAUUUAAGAGGCGAGGACGCACAUUUUAAUGAUUUUAUAAAUGCUUCUACAUUUAAUUAUUUACCAUAUUUAAUUAAAUCAAUGCAAACCGCUAUUGACAAAUCAGGAAAUAAAAUUCCAAUGUGGCUGUCAGAAACAAGUACAGCUUUUGAUAGAGGAGCACCGGGAAUUUCCGAUCGAUUUAUCGCAGGAUUUUUAUGGUUAGAUAAAUUAGGAUACAGUGCAAAAGCAGGAAUUAAAGUUAUUAUUAGACAAACACUUAUUGGUGGAAAUUAUGGAAUGAUCUCAUCUGAUUUAACACCAAAUCCCGAUUGGUGGAUUAGUGUGAUUUAUAAAAAUUUUGUUUCUAAUCAAAUUUUACAAAUUUCAACAAAAAAUAAUUUUGGAAAUACACGACUCUAUUGUCAUUGUACGCCAGAAAAAAUUUUUCCAAACAGUAUUACAAUUUUUGGAGUUAAUAUUAAUGAAAAGUCCAUAAGGCUUUCGUUGGAAAAUAUUUCAAUAUUUUCUAAAAGUAAAAUAUCUCUAUACAUUCUGACUGCUGACAAUUUAUUAUCAAGAUCAAUUAAAAUGAAUGGAAAAGUGUUAAAUUUAUUAAAGAACGGUGAUUUACCAUCAUUUACACCGAUUUCUCACGAAAAUGAAAAAAUUAUUACUCUACCAGCUUAUUCAAUGAUUUUUAUUAUUAUUCAAAAUGUAAGUAUUCCAAUAUGUUGAUAAAUAAAUUGUUUUUUGUACAGAA